CUGCCUUUAAUAACAUUCAUUUGAAAAUAAACCUACUGCCUUUACAUAAUAAGACGGUGGUGACCUCCGGCGGUUUGUCUCGUCAUUUCCUCUUUGGCUCUAUCAUUGGUUCAUUGUUCACACGCAGCCACUGCUCACUCCCUUACGUGUAUUCAUCCUUCACGAACACUAUAAAUUGCCUCCAAGGUUCGAGCAUUCAUGAUUCAUCUCCAGCUUCUUUUACCAAAGAAUCAUCGUCUGAUCUUGGUCUUGCCCAUUAAUUUCUUAUUCUGCAAACGCAUUUAAUGGAGAAUCGGGAAAGAUCAUUCCCAGGACCUUCACUAAACGACCCGCAGAAUGAACCCGAAGAUAUACACAUCCCCAGAAAAUAUACUGAUCAGUUUUCGUCAUACACCACUCCUAUGACGGAUUCCGGUGAUCACCGGAAACAUGCAGCGAAGGGAACUUACAGUACUGCAACUACUGACACUUCUGCGGUAGAACCAGAGCUAUACAACUCCGCCGUUGACCUUGAAAAUCCUAACAAGGUAUGGAAGGAUGUCAGCUAUGAUUUUACAAGUGAUGGAUAUAAAAAUGAUCCCAAGACCCACCGUAAAACAUCGUCAGAUUUUACAAGUGAUGGAUAUAGAUAUGAUCCCAAGACCCACCGUACAACAUCGUCGAUCCCUGAAAGUCCCAAUAACUACGGCCAACUCACCCCGAAGGAGGUAAGGAUUUCCUUCAAUGACGAGGUGAUGCCAACACCAAACCGGCGGCGGUCAAAUGUUAGUGGUGGCGGUGGUGGGGAAGAGGUACUGAUUUGCUCCUCAAAUGCUGCAUAUAAACGAAGUUCGACCUUGAUGAGGACGAGGACAAAGUCAAGGUUGAUGGAUGAGCCGGAGAUGAAGACAUCCAAAUCAGGAAAUCAAGGGAGAGGUGGUAGUGGUGGUGGUAGUAGUGGCCGUGGUGGUGGUGGUGAUAUGGAAGAGGAUGAUUUCCCUUUCAACGACGAUGAUUUGCCAGACGAGUACAAGAACUUAAGGUAUAGCAAAUGGACUUUAUUUCAAUUAGCCAGUUUGAUACUAAUCAUUGGUGUUUUAGUUUGUACACUCGCUAUACCAAGUUUCAGAAACAAAAGCUUAUAUGAUCUUGAAUGGUGGAAAUGGGAGAUUAUGAUAUUCGUUGUCAUCUGUGGGAAAUUAGUUUCAGGGUGGGGGGUUAGGAUCUUAGUGUUCUUCAUAGAACGAAGCUUCUUAUUGCGAAAACAAGUUCUUUAUUUCGUAUACGGGUUAAAAAAAGCAGUUCAAAAUUGCAUUUGGUUAUGUCUGGUUUUGAUUGCUUGGCAAUGCAUAUUCAACAAGAAAGUUGAAAGGACGACAUAUGGGAAGACUGUUUUGCCUUAUGUGACCAAGAUUUGGAUUUGUCUUUUGGUGGGGACAGUUGUUUGGUUAUUGAAAACUUUGUUGAUCAAAGUUCUUGCUUCAUCUUUCCAUGUGAGCAAGUUUUUUGAUCGGAUCCAAGAUUCUUUAUUUAACCAAUACUUGAUCGAAACCCUCACUGGCCCACCUGUGAUUGAGAUUCAGCAAGAACAAGAAGUGGAAGAGGAAGAUUGGGGGAUUGAUGAUGUUGAUAAGCUUAAGGAAGAUGUCUUUAAGGGUUGGAGAGCUAUUGGAACUCCAAGAUCUAGUAAUUCUACGGCUGGUAAAAAUGAAGGGAUUACAAUUGAUCACUUGCAUAGGCUAAAUCAGAGGAAUAUAUCUGCUUGGAAUAUGAACAGGAUGAUGAAUGUUAUAAACACAAGUUUGUUAACAACUUUAGAUGAACAUUUAGAAGAUAUAAGUGAUGAUGAAGAUGAAGCUGCUGUGCAGAUUACUAGUGAAAACCAGGCUAAGGUUGCAGCCAAGAAGAUCUUUUUUAAUGUGUCAAAGCCGGGCUCUACACACAUUUAUCUUGAGGAUUUGGGGAGAUUUUUGCCAGAUGAUGAAGCUUUGAAGACAAUCCGACUGUUUGAUGAAGCAAAUGAAGAACAAGGAAUUAGCAAACGAGCUCUCAAAAGUUGGGUGGUUAAUGUAUUCCGGGAGCGUAGAGUUCUUGCAUUAUCUCUCAAUGACACAAAAACAGCUGUGGACAAACUCCACCAGAUGAUGAAUGUGGCAGUGGGAAUCAUAAUACUCGUGAUUUGGCUUCUUAUACUUAGAGUUGCAACCACCCAAUUCUUUAUAUUCCUAAGUUCACAGCUAGUUUUGGUCGCCUUUGUGUUUGGAAACACAUGCAAGAUGCUGUUCGAGGCCAUUAUUUUCUUGUUUAUAGUGCAUCCUUUUGAUGUCGGUGAUCGUUGUGAAAUUGAUGGUGUUCAGAUGGUAGUUGAAGAGAUGAAUAUAUUAACAACCAUCUUCUUGAGUCCGGACAUGGGUGAUGCAAUCGACUUCUGCAUCCAUGUGUCAACUCAAGCCGAAAAGAUAGCUAAAAUGAAGGAAAGGAUUACAUGCUAUGUCGAGAAGAAGAGCGACCAUUGGCAGCCUGCACCGAUGAUCGUGCUAAGGGAUGUUGAGGACAUGAAUCGGCUCAAGAUAUCCAUAUGGCUUGCACACCGAAUGAACUUCCAAGACAUGGGUGAAAGAUGGAAAAGAAGAGCUCUUCUAGUUGAGGAGAUGAUCAAUAUUUUCAAGGAUCUCGACAUUGAGUACCGCAUGCUCCCACUUGAUGUUAAUGUCCGCAAUAUACCCGCCUUGACUUCAAAUCGAGUUCCAUCAAAUUGGACAGCUUGUGCAAAUUGAUCCAUGAGGGAGAAUCAUAUAUGUAUACUCGUUUAAAUACCUUGUAAGUGUGAAUAAACAACGGAUUGUGGACUAUUCCAGUUUACGAUCAACUCUAGUCACCAUUUAAGGUUGUAAGAUCGAUGUAACAUUCAUAUCAAUACAUGAUAAGCAAAUUUCUGCUAA